AUGACGGCCGAGUACAACCGACUGAUUCGGUACAUGAUCAAGCAUGUGGACGGGUACUUGCCGCCUGUGGACUGGAAGCCAUCCAAGCUGAUGAAGAAGAUCAUUAUCCCCAUCGAAAAGUUCCCUCAGGCACCUUUCAUGGGCGUCAUCAUUGGUCCUCGUGGUGUCAACCACAAAAGGCUUCAGGACACGACUGGGUGCAAAAUCUUCAUCCGUGGCCGUGACAUCGGUGACAAGUGGCAAACGGACGAAGAAGCAGCAAUGCCUCAGCAUGUGCACAUCGAAGGUGAGACGGAGGCGGCCCAGCCCGACUUCGGCAUUUCCGGGCGCUGGGGACGAGACUUCUGUUUGUGCUCCAGAAAGAUGCCAUGUCGGCUGGCAGUUGUCGGUGCAGGCCCCCUUGUCGGAAGCACCCACUGUGACUCGCCCUUGGCUUUUUGUCAACCCUCCCGCCAGGAGCUUGUCUGCAUUUGUCAAAGAAGAGCAGAUGAUACGCACCUGGCAGAUUCACUGGGCGUUCCGCUCUACACCGAUGCGAAGGAGAUGGCCAGGCAGGAGGAGCUAGAUGGUGUCAUCAUCGCAGUGCCAACCCACAUGCACUUGGCCAUCGCAAAGGCCUGCGUUGAGGGAGCACGCCUGGCCAAGCGACCCUCAGGCCUGCGCGCCUUUCUCAUCGAGAAGCCGAUUUGCCAAGACCUGGCAAGCGCCACAGAGCUGUUGAGCCUCACGGACAAGGCGGGCAUCACGGUGCUGGUGGGCCACCAACGGCGACACUCCAGGUUGGUACAGAAAGCGCGGGAGCUGGUCACGGACCGUCAUUUCGGCCCGCUGCGCGGGGUGAAUAUGGAGUUUUCCCUGCUCAAGCCAGACUCGUACUUCUGCAAAGAAGACCCAGCACUGGAGUGGCGCCGCAAAAAGGGCAUCGGCGGCCCCAUUUUGAUCAACACCAUCCAUGACCUUGACUUGAUGCGAUAUAUCACGGGCCAUGAGAUCGUCAGUGUGUUUGCGACCAUCAGCAGCGCUGCUCGCGGGGAAGAGGUGGAAGACUCCGGUGCCGUGGCGGUCACAUUUGACCAUGGCGCUGUAGGCACGCUGUUUUUCACAGAUGCUGCCCCUUCGCCUUGGAGCUACGAGUUCACCACAGGCGAGAACAAGAAGUAUCCACCCGUGCCUGGCGCUGCCACGCGGGAUUGCUAUCACUUUGCCGGAGCCCAGCGCUCCCUCGGUUUUCCCAGUCUUCAGAGCUUUGGCUACGGGGACACGGAGCGUGGCUGGGAUGCUCCCCUAAUCGUCGAAGGGGCGUCAGCGGGGGCCUGA